UGGCUAAAAUUCUUUCUCAAAGCAUCAAGUUAUUCCAGUUAUUUUAUAACCUAACGGUGCUGAAUUCCAGCAGAAAAACCUGGAAUAUGGACAGGUCUGGAAAAAGAGAGAAUGUCCAGUGUGCUCAGACCUUGGCUCCCCAGGCAGGUGACUCUCUGUUGCAAUGAGACUUUAUCUCUUCCCGAUUGGUCACGAGGUAUAGAUCUGUCAAGAGAGCUGCCAAAUACUUCUCCUCACCUGGGUGCUGUGCGGGAUGGCGCAAGAGUUAAAAUAAUAACUAGGGCAGGGUUUUUUCCUCCUCUUGGCUGUGGUUCAACUGGCUUAAUUUGGCCCCAGAACUGUUGGCAAGGUUUAAAUAACUCAAUCUCCCCACUCAAAACUAGCCAGGAUGGUAACCAGAAGGCGACAGGAAGGGGUGAUUGCUGAGGUUGGACUGUGCCCAUCCUAGCUCCUCCUCCUUAAACAAUUGGAGGGGGGUAUAUAUUCUGGGAUGGCUGGAAGCACAGAUUUGGUGGGCAGCCCCCUGGCUUUAAUCUGCAGCUGAUAUAUUUUUUUUUUUUUUUGCAGGCGAAAAACGACUCAAUGUCUCAGUCCAAAGGCCUUGUGAUCCUGGCCUACAGUGGUGGUUUGGAUACGUCCUGCAUCCUGGUUUGGCUAAAAGAACAAGGUUAUGACGUCAUCGCUUACAUGGCCAACAUUGGACAAGAUGAAAACUUUGAAAAGGCGAGAACGAAAGCUCUCUCUUUGGGUGCCAAAAAGGUUUACAUUGAAGACCUCGGCAGAGAAUUUGUAGAAGAGUUUAUCUGGCCAGCUGUCCAAGCUGGGGCUCUCUAUGAAGACCGGUACCUCCUUGGCACGUCUUUGGCUCGGCCGUGUAUCGCCCGCAAGCAGAUGGAGAUCGCCUUGAGAGAGGGGGCCCAGUUCGUUUCUCAUGGAGCCACAGGCAAGGGCAACGAUCAGAUUCGAUUUGAGCUCACCUACUAUGCUCUUUCUCCUCGGAUCAAGAUCAUUGCACCGUGGAGAAUGCCUGAAUUUUAUACCCGCUUCCAAGGACGCAGCGACCUCAUGCAAUAUGCUAAGGAUCAUGGAAUCCCAGUUCCUACCACGCCGUCUAAUCCUUGGAGUAUGGACGAAAACCUUAUGCAUAUCAGCUAUGAAGGUGGCAUUUUGGAGAACCCCAAGAACCACCCUCCUCCUGCCAUCUACAAAAAGACCGGAGACCCUGCCACAGCUCCAGAUUUUCCGGAUAUUUUAGAGAUUGAAUUCCAGAAAGGUGUCCCUGUGAAAGUCACAAAUACGAAGGAUGGGGCCGUUUACCAAACGUCCCUGGAACUCUUCACUUACCUGAAUGAAAUUGCUGGCAAGCACGGUGUUGGGCGCAUUGAUAUUGUGGAAAAUCGGUUUAUUGGGAUGAAGUCAAGGGGUAUCUACGAGACUCCGGCGGGAACGAUCCUCCACUGUGCUCAUUUAGACCUUGAGGCCCUCACCAUGGACCGCGAAGUGCGCAACAUCAAGCGAGGGCUGGCCACGAAGUUUGCCGAGCUGGUGUACAACGGCUUCUGGUUCAGCCCCGAAGGCGAAUUCAUCCGUCGUUGCAUCAGCCAUUCCCAAGACCUGGUGGAUGGAAAAGUCCAGCUCUGUGUCUUGAAGGGUAACGUCUACGUUUUGGGAAGGGAAUCGCCCCAAUCCCUGUACAAUGAAGAGCUUGUAAGCAUGGAUGUUCAAGGGAGUUACGAACCCUUAGAUGCUACUGGAUUCAUCAACAUCAAUUCUCUUAGGCUGAAAGAAUAUCAUCGGCUCUGCGACAAGGUCAGCCCGGCUCAGAAUUAAUAGCAAUCCAGAGGCCCAAAAGCUCAGUCUUUCCUCUUCUGCUAAUUUCUUCCUGGCUCUCAUCAUCCCGGUGAUAAUUGGUGACGGUUAUCCACCUUCCCUAGGCCUGUUUUGUUACGCUUCUCAAUAGCCGAGGCGGCAAGCUGCCGGAAAGCAAGGGAGUCUUCCUAGGAACCAAAAUGUUAUUAAAAUAUUUCCGUCGUUAUUUCAACAAUUCUAACAA